AUGGAGCUGUGGCUCUGCUUCCUGCUGGUGCCUCUUCUUGCGGGCUGUUUGGAGAUGCACCUUUCGGAGACGUCGCCCCCCGGGAGCCUCCUGGCGAACCUGUCCCUCGGCCCGGGCUGGACUUACAAAACGGACAGGACUUCACGUCCCCGGUUCGUGCGGAACCUUUUCCACGUCGGGAGGCACAGCGGGGAGGUGCGCCUGUCCCGCACGGUCCUGUGCGCGCACGCGCCACGCAGCCCGGCGUCCGUUUCUUUCAGAGCAGGUUCCUCCGCCGAGUCUGGGGACGCGGUUGUCACGCGCUUCAACGUGUUUGUCCACGGCCAGGACUGUUUUAUUAAGUACAAGAGAAAGAAAGCGGCACGUGCGGCUGAUGUUCACAUCAAACAUCUGUUUACUCUGAAUGAAACCACCUGUUUACACGCAGGUGAACUGUUGUUGAAUGUAACUGAACUUUUGCCAACUUUUACGCGGAGCGUUGCCCCUUUAAACACUAAAUGUGUUGGCAAAGACUUGGUUGCUGUGUUUAGACGUGGGGAUUUGUUCCUGGUCAAUGACUUGUGUCUGGAGCGUGGAGGAAAGUUGGAUUUGCACUGCACUUGGCACAGCACGCUCACUGUGCAGCUGAGCUUGACGCUUGAACGUGGAUCCUUGUCAGAAACGACCCACAGAGAUCCUGGUGGACUGAUGCUCAGGAGGAAGCGCCAAGUAAACAGCUCUCCGCAGUUCCAGCUCUCCAGUUAUCAGGUGUCUGUGCCCGAGAACGAGCCCCCAGGCACUCGGGUCAUCACCCUGAAGGCAACCGACACGGAUGACGGAGAGGCAGGGAGGCUGGAAUACAGCAUGGAGGCUUUAUUUGACAAGAGGUCCGAUAACUUUUUCCAAAUUGACGCAAAGACGGGAAGCAUAACAACCACACAAGCACUGGACAGAGAAGUCAAAGACAUCCACGUGUUCAAAGUUAUUGCAACUGACAACGGCACCUCCAGAAGAUCUGCUGCCGCUUUACUCACCGUCACGGUGAGUGACAAAAACGACCACGUCCCGGCUUUUGAGCAAAACGAUUACCGCGUCAGCAUCAAGGAGAACGUGGAGGUCGGCUUUGAGGUGAUAACGAUCCGUGCCACUGAUGGCGAUGCCCCCUCCAACGCCAACAUGAUUUAUAAAAUCGUGAAUGAAGACGGAGUAAACUCCGUGUUUGAAAUCGACCCCCAGACCGGCCUGGUGAGGAUCAGGGAGCGACCCGACCGGGAGACCCGGGCCCAGUACAUGCUGAUCGUCGAGGCCAACGAUCAGGGCAAAGACCCUCACCCUUUGACCGCCACCGCUAUGGUUCACAUCACUGUGGAGGAUGAGAACGACAACUAUCCGCAGUUCAGUGAGAAGAGGUAUGUCGUACAGGUCCCAGAGAACAUUGCAAUCGACACAGAAAUCAUCAGAGUGGAAGCAACAGACAAAGAUGAAGGAAGCAACGCCAAAGUUCAAUACAGCAUCAUUAGUGGCAACAUUAAAGGUCAGUUCUCCAUCAACAUCCUCACAGGUGGGAUCAGUGUCAUCAACUCUCUGGACUACGAGAUGAUCCGCGAGUACAAUCUACGGAUUAAAGCUCAGGACUGUGGCAGACCUCCACUGAUAAAUGGCACAGGGAUGGUGGUGGUUCAAGUAGUGGAUAUCAACGACAACGAGCCCAGGUUUGUUAGUACACCUUUCCAGGCUACGGUGUUAGAAAACGUGCCCAUCGGUUAUUCUGUUAUCCACAUUCAAGCAAUAGAUAGCGACUCUGGAGAGAACGCUCGUCUAGACUACCAGCUGACUGACACCAUGCCUGGUUUUCCAUUAACUAUCAACAACAGCACUGGUUGGAUUACAGUGAGCAAAGAGCUGGACAGGGAGACUACGGAGUCGUUCACGUUUGCUGUGCAGGUGAGGGAUCAUGGGAUCCCAGUGAUGUCCUCCUCGGCCAGCAUCAGCAUCGUGGUGCUGGACGUGAACGACAACGCACCCACGUUUACUGAGAAGAUUUACUCGCUGAAGAUAAAUGAAGACUGUGGGGUGGGGACCAGUGUGUUCACAGUGACCGCCAUAGACAGGGACAUCAACAGUGUGGUGAUGUAUCAGAUCUCUAGUGGCAACACCCGAAACCGCUUUGCCAUCACUAGUCAGAGCGGUGGUGGUCUUAUCACCUUGGCGCUCCCUUUGGACUACAAACAGGAGCGACAGUUUGUCCUGACUGUAACCGCCAGCGAUGGAACGCGCUACGACACAGCUCAGGUGUUCAUCAACGUGACUGAUGCCAACACGCACCAGCCCGUCUUCCAGAGCAGCAACUACCAGGUCACACUGAGCGAAGCAAAGCCGGUUGGCUCUACCGUGGUGGUGAUCAGCGCCACAGAUGAGGAUACAGGGGAGAAUGCUCGCAUCACGUAUUUCAUGGAGGCCAAUGUUCCUCAGUUUAAAAUUGACCCGGAUACAGGUGCCAUCACAACACAAAUCGAGAUUGACUAUGAAGACCAGGCAUCCUACACUUUAGUUGUUAUUGCCAGGGACAAUGGCAUCCCUCCAAAGGCUGAUAACACGUAUGUGGAGAUUAUCAUCUUGGAUGCUAAUGAUAAUGCUCCCCAGUUCCUCAGAGAUGUGUACCAAGGGAGCGUACCUGAAGAUGCACCCAAGUACACCAGUGUUCUCCAGAUCUCUGCUUCAGACAGAGAUUCUGGCUCGAAUGGCAGAGUGACCUACACCUUUCAAGGUGGCGAUGACGGAGUGGAGGAUUUUAUGAUCGAGCCUUACUCUGGUAUCGUCAGAACUAACCGUAAACUGGACCGUGAGAAUGUCCCUGUGUACAAUUUGAAGGCCUUUGCUGUGGAUCGGGGAGUUCCUCCUCUGAAAGCAGCUGUUUCUGUUAACAUAGUUGUCAAAGACAUAAAUGACAACGCUCCUGUGUUCGAGAAGGAUGUGCUUUUCAUUGACGUGGAGGAGAACAGCCAGGUGAAUUCCAUCGUAGCCCGGAUCAAUGCCACCGACCCGGAUGAAGGCAUCAAUGCUCUGAUAAUGUACCAGAUCAUAGAAGGGAAUAACCCAGAGGUUUUUCAGCUCAACAUGGAUAACGGUGACCUCACUGUGCUCACAAACUUGGAUUAUGAGACUAAAACCGAGUACAUCAUCGUCGUCCAGGCCACGUCUGCGCCGCUAGUGAGCCGAGCUACCGUGCAUAUCCGCCUGAAGGACAUGAACGACAACGAACCCGUACUGCAGAACUUCGAGAUCAUCUUUAACAACUACGUCACCAACAAGUCCAACAGUUUCCCAACAGGAAUUAUUGGAAAGGUGCCGGCUCACGACCCAGACGCGUCGGAUAAGCUCCAGUACAAGUUUGAAUCUGGGAACGAGCUCAAUCUGCUGCUGUUGAACAAAGACACGGGGGAACUGAGGCUAAACAGGGACCUGGACAAUGACAGGCCCCUGGAAGCACCCAUGACGAUUUCUGUCACAGAUGGUAUUCAUCGUGUCGUUGCGCUCUGCACCCUGCGUGUCACCAUCAUCACCGACGAUAUGUUGACCAACAGCAUCACGGUACGUCUGGAGAACAUGUCGCAGGAGCGCUUCCUCUCACCCCUGCUCAGCCUCUUCCUAGAAGGUGUGGCGGCUGUGCUCUCCACCAAACGGGAAGCUGUGUUUGUGUUCAACAUCCAAAACGACACCGACGUGCAAGGCUCCAUCCUUAAUGUGACCUUUUCGGCGCUGCAGCCAGGAGGCACCUCGGGCAAAGGGACAUUUUUCCCUUCAGAGGACCUUCAGGAGCAGAUCUACCUCAACCGGACUCUGCUCAGGCUGAUAUCCUCUCAGGAGGUUUUACCAUUUGAUGAUAACAUCUGCCUCCGAGAGCCCUGUGAGAACUACAUGAAGUGUGUGUCGGUGCUGAAGUUUGACAGCUCUCCUCCCUUUAUCUCCUCAAACACGGUUCUGUUUCGGCCUAUCCACCCCAUCAAUGGGCUACGGUGCCGCUGUCUUGUUGGUUUUACCGGAGACUAUUGCGAGACUGAGAUAGACCUCUGCUACUCCGGGCCUUGUAAGAACAAUGGAAGGUGCCGCAGACGGGAAGGAGGAUACACCUGCGAGUGCCAGGAAGACUUCACAGGCGAGCACUGUGAGCUGAGUGCGUCCACAGGCCGGUGUGUUCCUGGUGUGUGUAAGAACGGUGGGGAAUGUGUCAACCGGCCCACGGGUGGUUUCCUGUGCCGGUGUCCAAAGGAGCAUGAGACACCCUACUGUGAGAUGACCACCCGCAGCUUCCCUGGGCAAUCUUUUAUCACCUUCAGAGGCCUGCGGCAAAGGUUCCACUUCACCGUCUCCUUCAUGUUUGCCACAAGAGAAAGAAACGCGCUGCUUCUCUACAACGGCAGGUUCAACGAGAAACAUGACUUCAUCGCCCUGGAGAUCAUUGAUGAACAGAUUCAGCUUACUUACUCCGGAGGUGAGACGAAGACCACGGUGUCUCCCUACGUCUCAGGUGGCGUCAGUGAUGGCCAGUGGCACUCCGUCCAGCUCCAUUACUACAACAAGCCUAACUUUGGGCGUCUUGGCGUCCCUCAUGGACCUUCUGCAGAAAAGGUGGCGGUGGUUGCCGUGGACGACUGCGACAUCGCAAUGGCGAUUAACUUCAGAGAGAAGAUCGGCAACUACUCGUGUGCUGCGCAGGGUACCCAGAUCGGACAGAAGAAAUCACUGGAUCUGACCGGACCAUUGCUGCUUGGUGGAGUUCCCAAUCUUCCCGAGGACUUCCCAGUCAGGAACAGGAAUUUCGUGGGCUGCAUGAAAAACCUAACCAUCGACAGCAAAGCCGUUGACAUGGCGAGCUACAUCGCUAACAACGGCACCGCUCCAGGUUGUCUAGCGAAGAAGAACAGCUGCACAGAUGACGUGUGUCUGAACGGAGGAGUGUGCGUCAGCAAGUGGAACACCUACAGCUGUGACUGUCCCACCGGUUUUGGGGGCAAAAACUGUGAACAAGUGAUGCCGUCUCCUCAGUUCUUCGACGGCCAAGCUUUGGUAUCCUGGAGCGAGCCGGACGUUACCGUUGCCGUGCCGUGGUACAUGGGCCUCAUGUUCCGGACCAGAAAGCCUGCUGGGACCCUCAUGCAGGUUAAUGCUGGACCCUCGUCCACCAUCACCCUCAUGGUGAGCGAGCAGCAGGUCCGCAUGGAGGUCCUGCUGAGGCAGCAGCUGUUGGCGUCGCUGAGCUUCCCACAAGUUCGUGUCAACGACGGAGAGUGGCACCACUUACUGGUGGAACUGAAAAGCGUUAAAGAUGGCAAAGACUUCAAAUACAUGGCUGCCGUGUCCCUGGACUAUGACAUGUACGAGAAGUCUGUGGAGAUCGGGAACGACCUGCCAGGCCUGAAGCUGCAGACUCUUCAUGUUGGAGGGCUGCCCGGGGAGAGAAACCUCGUCAACAAAGGAUUUGUUGGCUGUAUACAGGGUGUGCGUAUGGGUGAGACUUCCACCAACGUGGCCAACGUGAACAUGGCUCAGGGCUUGAAAAUCCACGUGGAGGAGGGCUGCAACCUGGAAGACCCCUGCGACUCCAACAUCUGCCCCGAGCACAGCCACUGCAGCAACGACUGGAGCACGCACAGCUGCGUCUGCGACCCAGGAUACGUCGGGAAGGACUGUGUGGACGCCUGCCGACUCAACCCCUGUCAGCAUGUUUCUACAUGUGUGCGCAAGCCGAGCUCCUCCCAUGGAUACACCUGCGAGUGUGGCCAGGACUUUUACGGCCAGUACUGUGAAAACAAAGUGGAGAAGCCGUGUCCUCAGGGAUGGUGGGGCAGUCCGAUGUGCGGGCCCUGUAACUGUGAUACAAGCAAAGGGUUUCACAAAGACUGCAACAAAACCACCGGAGAAUGCCGUUGCAAGGAGAAUCACUAUCGUCCCGAGGAUGAGGACACCUGCCACCCCUGCGAUUGUUUCUCUCUCGGCUCCUUGUCUCGGUCUUGCAACCCCGACACCGGGCAGUGCCCCUGCAAGGGAGGGGUCAUCGGGCGUCAGUGUAACCGCUGUGACAACCCGUUUGCCGAAGUAACCAACUCUGGAUGUGAGGUGGUGUACCAAGGCUGCCCCAAAGCGUUUGAUGCUGGAAUCUGGUGGCCCAAGACCAAGUUUGGAGGUCCAGCUGCCAUGAACUGUCCCAAAGGGUCCAUCGGCACUGCCAUUCGACACUGUAGUGAUGAGAAGGGCUGGUUGUCGCCUGACCUUUUUAACUGCACCACCACCGCCACCUUCUCUCGGCUGAAGAAACUGAACGAGGACCUGCGUCGCAACAGUUCGCGGCUGGACGGCGAACAGUCCAAAGCCAUCGUGCGUAUGCUCCACGGUGCGACGAACAAGAAGCCGCAUUUCUUUGGCAACGACGUGAAGACGGCGGCCCAACUGCUGAACCACGUGCUGCGAUACGAGAGCAAGCAGUCCGGCUUCGACCUCAGCGCCAUGAAGGAUGCAGAGUUCAAUGAGAAUUUGGUCCGAGCUGGCAGUGCCAUCCUGGAUCCUGACACCAAGGAGCACUGGGAGCAAAUCCAGAAGACGGAGGGCGGCACCGCACACCUGCUCCGCAACUUUGAGGACUAUGCGAACACCUUGGCACAAAAUGUCAGGAAGACCUACCUGAAACCUUUCACCAUCGUCACGGACAACAUGAUUCUAACCGUGGACUACUUGGAUGUGUCGGACCCAGAGAGGGCAGCGUUACCUCGGUUCCAGGACAUCCAAGAGACCUACCCCAAAGAGCUCGGGUCUUCUGUCCACUUUCCAUAUUUUAACUUGCGUAAUCACGUCCAAAACGAGCCCACGCCUGCCCUUCCGACCCAGACCAACCCCCCGCUGGAGGAGGAGGAGCACACUGUGUCUGAUAGAAGAAGGCGCCACCUGGAGCCAGCUGCUUCUCUGCCUGUAGCUGUUGUUAUUGUGUACAAGUCUCUGGGUCAGCUCCUUCCAGAAAGAUACGACCCGGACCGCAGGAGUCUGAGGCUCCCCAACCGUCCAGUGAUAAACACAGCCAUCGUGAGCGCCACCGUUCACAGUGAAGGCCAACCCCUCCCUCCUGUCCUGGACCCCCCCAUCACCUUGGAGUACACCCUGCUGGAGACAGAGGAGCGAACCAAACCCGUCUGUGUGUACUGGGACCACUCCAUCGGGAGUAGGGGUACCGGCGGCUGGUCGUCUAAAGGCUGCGAGGUGCUCAACAGGAACAACAGCCACAUUAGCUGCCAGUGUGAUCACAUGACCAGCUUUGCAGUGCUGAUGGACAUUUCCAAGAGAGAGCAUAAAGACGUCCUCCCGCUGAAGAUCGUCACCUACGCCACAGUGUCGGUGUCACUGUUCCUCCUCCUCAUCACCUUCAUCCUGCUCUGCCUCCUCUAUCGGCUCCGCUCCAACCUGCUCGCCAUCCACAGGAACCUGGUGGCGACGCUCUUCUUCUCUGAGCUCGUCUUCCUGCUGGGCAUCAAUCAAACCGACAACAUGUUUGUGUGUACAGUGAUAGCCAUCCUCCUCCAUUACUUCUACAUGUGCACCUUCGCCUGGAUGUUCGUGGAGGGGCUGCACAUCUACCGCAUGCUGACGGAGGCGCGCAACAUCAACCACGGCCACAUGAGGUUCUACUACGCCAUCGGCUGGGGAAUACCGGCCGUCAUCACCGGUCUGGCAGUCGGCCUCGACCCUCAGGGUUAUGGAAACCCAGAUUUCUGCUGGCUUUCUGUCCACGACACCCUCAUCUGGAGCUUCGCAGGACCCAUCUUUGUAGUCGUCCUGGUGAACAUAGUGAUCUUCAUUUUAGCUGCGAAGGCUUCCUGUGGCCACAGGCAGAAAGCUGUGGAGAAGUCAGGAGCUGUCCCAGCGCUACGUAUGGCCUUCUUUCUCCUGCUGCUCAUCGGCGCCACCUGGAUGCUCGGUUUAUUGGCGGUCAACAGUGAUGUCAUCCUUUUCCACUACCUGUUUGCCGUCUUCAGUUGCUUGCAGGGAGUCUUCGUCUUCUUCUUCCACGUGAUCUUCAACAAAGAAGUGAGGAAGAACCUCAAGAAUGUCUUGACGGGUAAAACGACCGUUCAGGACAACUCCAGCACCACCAGGACCUCGCUGCUCACUCGCUCUCUCAACUGUAAGUCGUUCCCUGAGGAAGGCCCGCUGUUUCGCACCGCUAUCGGCGAGUCCAACAUCUCCCUGGACAGUACGCUCAGGUCAGCCAAGAGCCGCAGCAGCUACCUGGCUUACACCUUCAGGGAGGAGUCUGGUCAGAAGCCCAGCGUCUCGUCAGGAACAGCUAAAGGACACACGGAUCUGGACGGUCCUCUUUUCCACAAAAACGGCCCCAAAGGAGACGACUCUGACUCAGACAGUGAGCUUUCUGUUGAUGACCACAGCUCCUCCUAUGCCUCCUCCCACUCCUCCGACAGCGAGGACGAUGACUUGGAUGUCAAGCAAAAAUGGAACAAUGAGAGGCCCGUUCACAGCACCCCAAAAGGUGAGUCCAAUCACGUGAAGCCUUACUGGCCAGUAGAUGCCACCACAGCCAGUGACAGCGAGGACCUGGGCGGGAUGGAGAGGCUGAGGGUGGAGACCAAGGUGAACGUGGAGCUGCACCUCGAAAAUAAACUCAACUACACCGAUGAGCGAGAGAGGGAGGCGCCUAAAGAAGAGAGGGAGCAGCAGGCGCCUAAAGACACGGCACCGCCGAGUCAACCCAACACCAACCACCAGCCAGAGCAGAGGAAAGGUAUCUUGAAAAACAAGAUCAGCUACCCUCCCCCGCUCAAUGACAAGAACAUGAAGAACCGUCUGAGGGAGAAGCUGAGCGACUACAACUCCCCCAAAAUCACCUCCCCUCCGCCCAUUAACAACAACCACAACGCCUCCCCCGUGUCUCCCUCCUACGGGAGGAGGAGGCGGUCGCCCCGGCAACCACGACAGCAGCAUUAA